GGGGGGGGGAAUACAUGAUUUUAGAGAAGUGGGCUCGUGAUGCGGAUCGCCGAAGGCGGAUCCCUGUGGGGAAUUUUGAAAAUUGAGAUCCUGGGAAAUAGGAUAUUCGACAUUCUCAGAGGCCAAGUCGGCGUGUUACAAUGUCUCAAUCUUUUUCUUUUUAAUUCAGGGGGUUUGACCAAUUACGAGGCCCCCGAACCCCCUCCCCCUGGAUCCGCCCAAGGGAACCAAUUUCCAUCAGCGGAACAUUUUUAUGACAGAGUCGUCACCGUGAUCAUUUGGGAAAUUUGCAGUUUUCUGCAAACGUUUUUUACUGCUUGUAAAUUCUGUAUGGGCAUACUGGAAAGUUCUUAUUUCAUAACAGGUCUCAAUUUUUUUCCUCUCUUUUUGUUUCAGAAUCUUACUUUUCUAAACAUUAACAUCUCUUCACAUGAUUACGAAUAUCCUAGUGCCAUUCAUUUAAGGGUUGUCGCUCUUCCUUAUUCUCCAAAUGAAGACUAUGCAAACAUAACACCGUAUACGCCACCUGCCCUGACUACCUCACCUACUAAGGUCAACACAACAGGUGCUUUUCCACCAACCACAUCCAGGAAAUCAAAUUGCUCGUUAGAAGAAUAUGGUGACCUCAAGUGGUAUUCAUCGAAUGUCGACGGAUGUUUCUUUGAAAGAAGUAACGGAGAUUGGUUUGCAAAUAUUUCAUGGACGCCUCUAACAAAUUCUACAGUCACUUGGACUGGAUACUUCCUUUCCUUUUAUUUUGGAGACGUCCCAAAACACGUGGGUUACGACACAGCGAUAAAAUGUUUCAAAUUGCCAAAGAACCAAAGAUCUUACAUAGUGGAUUCCUCACAUGGUUGGAAACCUCCACAAUCAAUAGCCGUCAGUGUCUCUGCAUAUCCAUUUCCGAGAGAAGCGGGAGAAGUCAUGCAUAAUUUCGACUUUUCAGCAGGAUGUACAUCUACUACACCACCAUCAAGUACAUCUACUACACCACCACCAAGAAAUUCUAUCCUUAUAACCACUGUGUUUAGUAGCGUGGGUGGAGUCUUUUUGCUCUUGAUAACUCUGCUGCUGGUUCGUCAUUGUCGACGAAGAAAACCGUCUCCAUCACCGACUACAGAGCCGCCUCGAUUUAAAUACCACGCAUUUAUCAUCUACAGCUCGAUUGACCACGACUUUGUCAGAAACAUUCUUAUCCCAAUACUUGAGCACUACAGCUUCAAAUAUUGCAUACACUGGAAGGACUUUCCACCAGGAGAGGUGUUCAGAAGAACCAUUGUAAAAAGUGUGUAUAACAGCUUCAAGAUCAUUGCUGUUGUAUCCGAAAAUUUCAAAAACAGUGAGCCAUGCCAAUAUGAAAUGAAUCAAGCUCAGCACAGACUCAUGACCCAAGGUGAUGACUGCUUAAUUGUGAUUAAAUACGAUGGCGUAAAUGUCACUGAAGUAUUGAGUGAACCGUUAUUAGAAAGAUCAUAUAUCGACUAUACAAGCAUCUGGGAUAGAUCUCGGUGGGAAUCGAAGUUAGUGCAGGUUCUUCAGAAAGGUGUCCUGGAAGACGAAAGUGAUGAUUAUAGCGAAAGCAACGCGAACAACAAUAACUUAACCCAAGAAAAUUCAGCGGGUGUUGGCGUUCGAGAGUUAUUUUGUAGCUGCCAAUCAGCGGUGUGAGCGAGGUAUCGUCCAUGGAACAGGUAAUACGUGGAGAAUGGAAUGUGGAUUCAGAAGCCGAGUUUGGCGUCUCGUUACAUCAGAUAGCAAGCGAUCGUCAUAACCUACCGUUCCAUAGAUCUACGCGGGAAGAUUAAAACGAUACAUCUCGGAAGUUCCUUCGUCAAGGAAAACCCAUUCCAGCGGGGUAUAAUGGCGUAUAGGGUUAAGAACUGUUUGAACGUCGUCUGAGAUACCCAGAUGGUAUUGGUAGCCACUUCAGCUCACCAAUCGGUUUCUUCACGACCAAGAGGUACAGAACUCUGUUUUGCUGUGAAAAAAGCUACGUGCUAAGAUAAAAUAGUACCAAGUCUUAUAAUUUUAACCAAUCUCAGCAUUAGGUCACCUAGAUGGGUUUGACUAGCUGUAGUGUUCUGUUACAUUGCGACUACUCCGACCAAGGAAUUCUUUGCAAAUUGACCACUGAAAUGUUAAAAGUUUUAAAGUAGUUACUAAUCAAAAGGACCACAAAUCUGAACUUCCUUUGUAAUGUACAGCUUUAUUACAUGCAUAAUUCGUUGGAAAACUUUUGUCAACCUCCACGAUUUUUAUAAGUUAAAUUUGUAGAAAAUUUUGUCGGGCGGCCUUGGUUGGUAGUAAUCGCACAGUUAUUUAGAAGUACAAAAGUAUAUUUUUAAAGGACUAUUUAUAAAUUACUCAAAGUCGUGACAAAAGAUGGCAGAGAAUUGGCAUCAUUUACUAAUCCUUAUUUCCCGGGUUUUGAGAAUAAGGAAGCUACAGUUUCGACUUUGUGGUAACUUGUUACAGUGCCGGUCACUGUGUUAAUAUAUUAGCGUAUAGUCCGAAUUUUGCUUCAUCACAUGUCAGGGUCUGACCGUGAUAUCACAGGAUCAAUGUAGACUGGGACCUAGGUUACGUUAUUGCUACUCGAGAAAUUUCCUGGCUCUUCCAUCUUCGCGAAAUUGAGUUUACGCGACAGUAGGUAACAAGGCAUUUUAAAUCAAAUAAAUCAAUCUCAGUUAGAUGGAGCAACUUUA